UCUAUCAUUCACAAUUUACACCAUCACCAAAAUUCAUAGCUACAAACACACUGUAAGCUCGAACUUAUGUUGAUUUUUCAUUCUCUCUCAAGUGCUCGUCUCUUUUUGUUGUUAAGAGUCAUAGUUCUUCGUAUUUUUUAAAAAAAGAUAGAAAUUACCUAUAAAUAACUUGAAAUCAUGUCAAGUGAGGACACGGUGGAUAACAAGAAAGUCUCUUUUGUCAUAGAUUCAGAUGAAGACUUGAGAGACUUAAGUCCAACUCAAGAGGAAGAAGAAGACGACGACGAACAAGCUGAUGAAGAUUUUGAACAUCUUCCGGAAUUAAUUGAUAUCUAUAGCUCCACACCACCACGUACGCGGAUAAAACUUAAAAAUCGUAUUCGAGAAAAUAAGUUCAAAAUAGAAACAAUCAGCAACAUAAAAAUGCGGACUGGAAGACUAGCAAGGUCGCGUGCCGACCGUAGAAAUACUUUAGAUUGUGCAAUAUUAAAUCAGAUGAUUAUUGAGCCGAGUAUAGAUGAAAAGGCAAGAACAGACAAGAGAAUUAUACAGCAACAGAGAGAAUAUGAAAGAGAACAAAAAAUGGCUGGAAAUCACCACCAGCGUAUUUCUCAAAGAAUCUCAUUGAAUUCUGAGGAAUAUGUCAGUACAAAUGAGCCAGUCAUCCCAUCAGCAAAUACAACCGAGCCAAAAUGUAUAGAAUCAUCGAGCCGCUUCAUGAGCGUGCGUUCACGCCCAGCUGGAUCUCGAAUAUCAGCACCAGCAUCAGCAUUCGCCAAUCUAACAUUUCCAAAAAUAUGCACCAUGUCACCAAACGAUGGUCCACAAAAGCAACGACGAGACUUCCACGAGACAUUCUCAAAUCUAAUCAAAUUAGGUUCAAAUGAUAAGCAAGAAAAGAAUACAAGAAGUGUGAUAAUCUCAAAAGAGGAACAAGUAUGGCAAACAGAAGUGAAGGACUUGAUAUGGUUGGAGCUACAGGCAAACAUGGCUGAUAGAACGCUCGAGCAGCAAGACAAAUAUCUUUUUACAGCACGUCAAAAUGUCGGCGAAUUAUUACGUGAAAUAAUGAAUUAUCGUUUUUUGAGAAAAUAUAAUCGUACAGAUAGCGGAAUAUCGUCUCUAGCAAGCACAAAUGAGUCGAUUAUAAAUUCAACAACGGGAUUUUGUUUUGGAUGCCUGUCAAUGUACUGUAAGGACUGUCUCGAUGCACAAAGUAGUGCACUAAGGCAAGUUGAAAGUCUUUUGGCGAGACUCGAGGCAGCUGAGAAUUUAUUUCCAUCAAAUAAAGCAUUCGGAUCACAUUUUCCACUUUACAAAUCCGAGGAAUUUGUGAAUCGUGUCAAGUGUAUGUGUUUGUGGUACAACAUGACAAGACAUCAUCGAUUAAAGUUGAUAAUAUUGGGGAAAUUGCUGGCAAAAUUACAAGGAAAAGAAUAUAAAUGGCCAUUGGUUGAGUCUGACAGCAGUAGCGGUGCAUCAUCAGUACAAGAUGCUGAAUUGGAAAGUGGUUUAGAUUCAACACGUGGAACUAAUGACAGUACAAAAAUGGUUGAUAAAGUUACAACAAAAGUUCACUUUCUUGGACUUGAUGAAAAUGAACCAUCAAGUACUACAGACAGUGCAAAUAGUGAGGAAGAACUUAAAAAUGGAGAUAGUGGCUAUUAUCAUCCAAUUAAUGAUUAUGGAAGGAUGCUUAGUUCAUUGAAUCCUUGGAAAGGAUCAGUCGAGGAUGUCGUCAAUACAAAAUUUCCAUCAUCACCAUACAGAAAGUUCAUUGAGAAUGUCCUGAAGUCUAGAGGAUUAGGAAAGUCUUUAGUCUUCCUACAUCGACUCCAUAAUGUUGUUCUUAGAAAAGCUCACAUAACUUUAGAAAAACCAGGAACAGAAGAUCAAGAGGAAAUGUUUGACGAUGAGGAUAUUCCAAAUAUUGAGCCACGAAUGGAGGAAGAAGAAGCAGCUGAACUUAGACGAUAUGGCGUCUGGAGUGUAGAAUUUAAACAACUAGCACUGCCACCGUACAUCUCAGCCUUUCUAUUUUUAUCACUCAUACCUUUAGAAGUGGUUCAAGAAUUUUUAAAAAUGAAAUUAGAAACAAAACCAUUUCAGCCAAAUCCAUUAAGCUUAGAACAACUAAUAAAGGAACUUAAGGAGGGCAUUACACUAGCACUUAUCCACCGUGAUCGUUUUCAUAAACAUAUUACAUCAGCCCUUAUCGAUCGUGAUAGUGAUUUAGAAGUUUAUAUGCACAUCAUAGACGAAUUUGAUGUAUCAUUAAAGAAAAUCUUUGAAUUAUAUUUAGAGUAUGUCACUCAAUGGAUAUUGACGGGUGUUCCUGAAUCACUCAGGAAGUCAGCACUUGAGACUGAGUGGAGAUUCACUAAGCUUGUUUGUCCAAUGAUUCAUGACGAGCACUCGGUAGCAGCGAAGAAAUUCUGUUCGAUAAUUGAGUGCUUAUUAGAUGAAAUUGGAAAUCGAUUAACGAUGAAAGCCGAUGAACUUGAGAAGAUGAGUUUCGAGGAAUCGACAAAAGGUGCGAAAAAUGAUGAAAAUAUGGUUAAUGGUGAUGGAAAUACUAACUGUAAUAAUCAUGUUGAUGGUGAGGAAGAAGAUGAUCCAUCGACAAUAUUCAAAAAUAAAUUAUUGGCUAUGUGUCGAGAGAUUCAACAGCUGUUCACAGACGAACGUGAAAAGUGCAUGAAACUUAUGCUGUUUACAAAGAGUUUCCUUAAAGACAUUGAAAAAGACGACUUUCAUCGUGAACACAAUUGUGCAAGUGACAGUACUGUCUGUCUUCGACAUAGUACAAGUAUGUGUACGGAAGUAUUGGAAGCUAUUAAUGGACUUAAAUCAAAGACACUUGAAUUAAGAGAAAAACUAACAAUAACAUUACAAAGAGUACAGCAUAGAAGUGAUGUCAAGCAUCUAUUUGACAUGGAUGAGAUUGAUAGACAAACAGUCCUAACAAGAUGCAAGGAGAUCCUUCAUGUUGGAUACAAAUUCGGUUUCGAGUAUCACAAAGACUUAUCAAAACUUUUCGACACUGUCUCAUCGCCAACAAGAAAUUCUAAAGUUGAACUUGGACUUGCCAAAGCGAUCGUUGGAUUUGCAAAGUGCUGGAUGAAUUUUGUAAUGGAACGAUGUGAACGAGGUAGAGGAUUAAGACCAAGAUGGGCUGCCACAGGACUAGAUUUUUUAAUAAUAGCUUGUGAUCCAAACAACACAGAACAAAUUGACGAUAAAGACUUUGACGAACUGAAAAGUUCAAUGGAUCGUUGUAUAUCGCAUGUCAUUGGAAGCAUCCAUGAACCAGAACGUGUAAGAAAAUCUCCACGAUCAAGAAAAUCAUCGCCAGCACCAACCAGAAAACGUACACCGACACGAUCAUCAAUUUCAUAUACGCCAACAGCACAAAAAAUCCUGCAGCAACAAAUGAGCUUACAAAUUGAAAAAAGUCGAUUGUCACCUAGUCCAGAUCCAGAUAUCAUGCGUAAACAGACCUCAUACGAAAAUGUGACUGAAAUUAGUAUUAAAGUACCAGCCAGCAUCAAUUCCACCCCAGAACUUCGACAAGUUCGUAUACGCGAUGCUGUCAAUCGACUUGAUCUUAAUAUAGAGAAGAAUUUACGAGAUAAAAACUUGAUAGGUUAUGUAAAGGAACUGAAUGCAUGUGAUAAGGUUGUGAUUCGUGCCCGUAGUGUCAAUUUUAGUUGGCAUCGUGGCAUUAAAAUUGGACAGGGUAGAUUCGGUAAAGUUUACACAGCCGUUAACAAUUCAACAGGUGAAUUAAUGGCAAUGAAAGAGAUUCCAAUUCAAGCCGGUGAAACUGGAACAAUUAAAAAAGUAGCAGAGGAACUUAAAAUAUUUGAAGGAAUAAGUCACAAACACUUGGUGAAAUACUACGGUGUUGAAAUUCAUCGGGAAGAUCUUCUCAUUUUCAUGGAGCUCUGCGCUGAAGGCUCAUUAGAAUCACUUUGUGAGAUUUCCGGAGGAUUGCAUGAAGCACUUACGCGACGCUAUACUACACAGCUUCUUCUUGCGGUUGAAGAGCUUCAUAAAAAUGGCAUUUGUCAUCGAGACAUUAAAUGCGCUAAUAUCUUUUUAACAAAUGAAGGCCAUUGCUUGAAAUUAGGAGAUUUUGGAUCAGCAAUCAAAAUUCAACAUCAAGCAACAAUGCCAGGAGAAUUAAAAGGCUAUGUUGGUACACAAAGCUACAUGGCGCCAGAAGUUUUUACCAAAAAUAAUACGGAAGGUCAUGGUAGAGCAGCUGAUAUUUGGUCAGUUGGAUGUUGUGUUAUUGAAAUGGCUUCUGGAAAGCGUCCAUGGAGUCAAUUCGAGAGCAACUUCCAAAUCAUGUUCAAAGUUGGCAUGGGUGAACUUCCUGAAAUUCCAUCAACAUUAUCAGAAGAAGGAAUUGAUUUCGUUGAAUGUUGCUUAAUUCAUGAUCCCAAGGAUCGAUGGACUGCGACUGAAUUAUUGCAACAUUCAAACUUUUGUAAGAUUUCAUUAGACUGCAACUGUGAUGGCGACAAAACAAGUAAAACUACAUAAUGAUAAUAGAUUUCAACUUGAUAAUCCAUAGAUCAUAACUGAGUGGAAUUCGUUGAACAAAAUUAAACAUUUAAGGAUCCGCCCAAGACAACAGAAAAGAAAGAAAGACAUGUGCUGUUAAUGAGACAUAAACACAUAGUAAUUGAGAUGAUUAAUCUCUCAAUAUUGCUUAUUAUUAUUACUAUCGGACAACUUACAUAACAAAGUUGCUUUAUUGUGCAUUUUAUUAGGAAAAAUGGCAAAUAAAAUUAAUUUUAAUUUGCAUCUUAAAUGCCUUAAUUAAAAAUGAUAAUGUUGAAUAGUUUUGCUACUUAUUGUUGAAUUAAAUUAGCAGAUUUUAGAAUGUUCGCGGUUUCAAAAAGUUCAUUUGAUUGAGUAUUUUCAUUUAAACCUUAUUCUAUUGCAAAUGUUUUGAGAUACACUCUUGUGUAAAUAUUCUGGAGAAAAUAUGAACAAAAGGUUGAUGAUAAAAAUGUCAAUAACUUUUAUCGCAGAUGUAUGAAAAAAAUAAAUUUCAAAAAAAUUUCUGAAACAUGAUUAAAAAAAUUUAUUAAGUCCGCUACAUGUGUACAUGUGGAAAUAGUUCAAAUCUAAAAAUAUCAUGAAAAUAAAAUUCCUAAUUUAUUCAAAUGAAAAUUUUUAAAUAUUUUUUUCUAGUUCGUCACACACUUCAAAGUGUCAAGGCAAGUAAUAAUAAUUCACAGUGACGUUUCCUUUUUGUUUUUUAUUUUACACUUGAAAAAAUAGCGACACAUAAAGUUGCCUUGACAUUUCGCAAAGAAUCGCUUAUUUUUUUAAAGUCUGCUAAAGUUUAGAAUCGUGCUCAAAAAAAAUAUUAAAUGUGUGAGAUUGUGGAAGUAAAAGAAAGGCGCUUAAACAUAUUUAUUGUAACAAUACAAAUUUUAUUUAAUUACUACUUGAUUUACAUUUUAUUGAUGUUUAUAGAACAAUAAAAAAAAUUGAUGUUAUAAUAUUUGAAGAACAAAAAAAAUUGGGGUUAAAAGAAUUCAUAUUAAUUAUGUUAAUUAAGUUCACAAAUUAGGAACAAAGAACGAAUAAAUAUUAGUUGACGAUUCAAAAUCACUGAGUUUAUAAUUUGUAGUAUUUUUUUAACUCAUUUCCAUAUAGACGACCUUGAGGAUAUUCACAACUUUACUCAUCGUCACCGAAUGAAUUAUUUGUAGGUAAUUCAAAUGCUUUUGAUUUUCAGAGUUGCUGCUUGGAUGAGGUAUUGUUGGGCUGUAUAUAAAUUGACAGAAGAACUACGAAAUCUGUAAUUUUUUAAAAAAUUCAGAUUUUCUAUUCAAAGUUCAAUUUUAAAGAUUUCUUUAAGAAGUCUUUUGUGAUUGUUUGACAAAAUUCUUGAAACCAGUUUGCAUGCCAAACAUUGGAUCAGCCCUGUACCAUCCACAAACUCCUUUAAUCUAAUUUUAUAAGCAUGUUAAGUGAGCAUUUUAAAAUUCUUAGCUUGACUCAAUAAUGAGAUUAAAAUUUGUUUCUAAAAUCAAUCAAAAACAAAUAUUCAUGAGCGUGACUCAAAACUAUGUUCCUGUUUAAACUAAUAUUAUGGACAUGUGGAUGUCAAAAAAAUUGAUUCCAUUAAGGGCUAUAUUUAUUUAACAACAUUGGUAGCGUCGCAAAAGACUUCAAUUUGCAAUGAAUAAAAAUAGCUUUUUAAAUUCUUCGUCAAUGUUUGUCAAAAACAAAAACAUCUGCAAAAUUUGCAAAUAUCAUCAUCUUUUCUAAAACUAUUAAGGAACAGCGUUGAUUCGGGAAUUAGUCGCCUGACCUAUUCACAAUCAAAUUUUGUUAAAAUCUCAAAUUGUAGAAUAUCAAUUUUCAAUUCUAGAAUAAAAAUCUAGGAACUAAUCUGAGUAAGGAUCGAGGCCCUCCACCUCACAUCGAGGAAUUGAACUAAUUUGAUGUCACUAACAAAGAGCAAUCAUCUUAAUCCAAUCAAUAUGCAAAUUAUAAAUCUGACUUAAUCAAAAAUAAAAAAAAUUCGAUAAAUCUGUCAAGCCAUAAAGCAGCAUAUCCAGGUGGCUGCAGCCAAAACUAACCGCUCGAAAUGACUUCGUUUACAGUCUUCUUUCGCGAGAAUCGACAUCACAAUCUCAUUGUUAAUAUCAAGAGAUUUAAACAGCAUAAUGUUUGGGAAAAAAUUAAUUGUCGGCACAAAAUUGACGGAAAAAUUCUCAACAUAAAGUUCCUUCAAUUUUUUACAGUGACGUUCGAGCAUUAUCAUGUCAUGAUUUUGCAUUAGACAUGUUUUAUAAAUUAUUAGAUUAGGAAGUGACUUGAAAAUUUUAUAUAAUAUAAAUGAGUCAUUGUCUUUCAUGUCAUCAAUAUCAACUCGAGUAAUUGAUGUGUUGACGUUUAAAGAAAUAGUUGGGAGACUCUCAGUUCCAUAAUUAAUAUCAAAUGUUAAAUUUAUCAACUUUUUCAUUUGAAAUAUAAUUUCUAGUCCAUUAUAUCCACACCACUGAUUAAUUGAUAGCUCCUCAAGGGAUUUACUUUGUAGCUGUAAAAUGUCACACAAUAAUUCCCGAUUGUCAACAGUCAUGGGAACAUUCAACUUUGGUGAAUGAAAUGACAAUUUUCUUAGUCGAAAUUUACAUAAGUUAAUGAUAUUUUUAAUUUGUGCACUUCCAUUCAUAAUUUGUAAACUUAAUGUCUUCAUUGUUGAAUUAUUUAAUAGUAUUUCUCUGACUAAUUGCCACUCAUUCAGUUCCUUCCUUUCCGAAUAAUCGAAUGUUAAUAAAUUUGUGCAUUUUUUGAAUAACAAAUUAAUAUUUUGUGCAUUCUUGUAAAGUGUCAAGUGCCUUAGUUGUGGGAAUUUAAAGACUAUUCCCUUAUCACAUUCAAAAUCACAUCGUAUAAAGCUUAAUAUUAAUGUUUGUACAGUCUUUUCAAUACAUUCCAUUGGCCAUAAAGAUUUGCACAUCUUUCCAUCGCUAUAUUUUACUUUCUUGUAACUUGUUUGACCCACUUUCGCGACUCUCUCUAGACUUUCGUCGAACACUAACGUACCUAAAUUAACUGAUACAUUUUUGUAGUUCCGUUGGCUUGUUAGGAGAGUUUCGAACGAUUCAUCCAGGUCAUCUUGGGUGUUUUUGUAGAUGAAAAUAUUUAUUCGUUUCAUAUUUUGUGAAUUUCCAAUUUCUUCGUGCCAUAAUUUUGACACAAAUGACUUUCUCAUGAGAUCCUUUGGCUUUAAAUGUUGAAAAAUUAGAUCAUAUAAUUCAGGAGUUAAGAUCCUCAUAGGAUCUACACAUUUUCUUUCGAUUCUUUCUUUCAUAACAGAAUUUCUUUUUAAUUUUUCUAAAUUUUAUUGCUUUAGCUUUUUUUUUAAGCUCCUCACUCGAUGAGCGGUUUUUAGCGACUGAAUGAUUUUUUAUUCUCUGUUAUUCGUUCUUUUCUUUUUAAAAAAC